ACGUGGCUGUUCGGCUACGAGCUGACGGACACCAUCAUGGUGUUCUGCGAGGAGAAGAUCCUCUUCAUGGCCAGCAAGAAGAAGGUGGAGUUCCUCAAGCAGGUGGCCCACAGCAAAGGCGGGGAGAGCGCCAACGGCGUCCCCACCAUCACCCUCCUCGUGCGGGAGAAGAACGAGAGCAACAAAGCCAACUUUGAGAAGAUGAUCGAAGCUUUGAAGGCCAGCAAGGGCGGGAAACGCAUCGGCGUCUUCAGCAAGGACAAGUUCCCCGGUGACUUCAUGAAGAGCUGGAACGAUUGUCUCAGCAAGGAGGGCUUCGAGAAGGUGGACAUCAGCGCCGUGGUGGCCUACACCAUGGCGGCCAAAGAAGAUGGCGAACUCAACUUGAUGCGCAAGGCGGCCACCAUCACCUCCGAGGUCUUCACCAAGUUCUUCAAAGAACGGGUGAUGGAGAUCGUUGACGCCGAUGAGAAAGUCCGACACAGUAAAUUGGCCGAGUCGGUGGAGAAGGCCAUCGAGGAGAAGAAGUACCUGGCGGGUGCCGACCCCUCGGCGGUGGAGAUGUGUUACCCACCCAUCAUCCAGAGCGGGGGCAACUACAACCUCAAAUUCAGCGUCGUCAG